CGGCUAACCUGAUGGCACCUUUUUCCCAGGGGAUUAAGUGGGUGGUGGACAUGUGAGAUCUUGAUCUUAAUCAUGAAGGAAGAUAGAACUAUGUAUUCUUGGUGGUAUCCGAAAAUUAAUAAAUGGAGCAGUAGAAAUAAUCAUCAAGAUGUAGUCCUCGUGCUCUACAGAAGCCAACGCAUGGUACCUCCAUGUAACCGUACGAUAUGACAUGCUUGGUACUGCUACGGCCUAGAUGGAGGCGUCCUAAUCCUGUGAGAUGGUUUUGGACACCAGCCUGGAUGUUCAUGCGUUCAGUGCUGAACAAGAAACAGUUACGAAGUGCAGAUGCAGAGGGAUCGUCCAGCAUUGCUCAGGGAGAACUAGAGCUCUCAGAGGAUGUUGGCUCGACAGCGGGAAGAGACUUCUUUACAACACCAGGUCACUCAAAGAACGAAGAGGUGAUGCUUCUACAGCGUGAGAGUAGUUUUGGUACAGCAUAGCAGGACCACGACCAGAAGGAGCCACGGACGAUGCUUCAGCGCUUUGACAGCACCCUACCCGAUCCUCCCGGUAAGAAGAACGAACAAUUGCUGCCUCAGCGUGAAGAAAGCAAAGUAUGGUCCAACGAAGUUGGUAAUUCAGGGUAUACAACCUCAGGUUACACGACCUCCGGACCUGACCACACUGAUCGACCCAAUUCGAAUUACCCUCAGAAAAGUCAACUAAACACUGCACAAAAACGGCCAGAAUUGUCUCCACUUUGGCGCGGGGGUACUCCGCUUAGUGAUGCUUGGACAUUGUUCCCUGCAGGUUGUGCGUGGGUUUUGGUUUUGUUUCAUUCGUUUCCCCGCGCCUCUCCAGAGUCCAAGACAGUAGGCGGCAAAUGUGUCCCUGGGGAUUCUGGAGGGGCGCGGGGAUUCCCAUCGCGCCCGAAGUUCUCUUUUCGCAAUUGUGGGCGGGCUCCUGUUGAAGGAACGCAAUCGGCGGCGAGUGUUUUUGGGAUUCUUAUCAUGCCCGGCAAGAUUGAAUACUGUCCGAAGUUUUGCAGUGCUUUGCUGACUUUUUCCCAUUCGGCGCCCUCUUGUUUGCGGUCAAAUUUUUGCGGAUCUCAUCGUUUGCGAACUUCUCAAAGAGGUGGAACACCGUCGAGGAAAGGGCCGCCAAGUUUGUCGAGCUCUUCUUGGAGUGGUUCCCGCAAUUGGCUGGGCCCCUCUACUGUGUACCGUAUUGCCACCCGAAGCGGCAAAAAGUGGAGGCGAAGGCUUCAGAUUUUUCUAAAAGAUGCGGCUUCGGGUGGCCAUGCGGUACAAAAGAGAGGGGUCUACUGAAAUGAUGCUACGUUAGUCACUGUUCGUGCCCCUCGGACGAUCUUCACCCAAUACAUAUGUUGAGGUAUGACAUUUGUGAAUCAAUAUCCAAGAUGAUUCAGUUGUCUACUUCGCAGUGGUGAGAUAUUUGUUGUCUGCAUAAUGUAUUCACCAUGUUCGUAUUCACCAUGUUGGAGGACGUAAAAGAGCUUCAUGAUUCCUCAGAUGUGUGGCCCAGUGUGGCGCAAGAAAUUUGAGUUUCCGCGCUGAAAGAAUAAUGAACAAUCUCUACUAGUGGAGUCCGUUUACACUAUAAGGACUAAACUGACGCUUCCUCGUCGGAUUUCGGCACGAUCAUUCCUUCCCGUGAGAAAAUUCUGAAUAAGAAACUCCAC